AUGGCAGACUCAAAUGGGUCUACAGACCCCACAAAAUCAACAUCCGACAACCCCCCACCCGCCGACUCAAACAUCAACCACGCCGCCUCCCUCUCCUACUGGAACGGCGUCCCCGCAACCUCCAACGCCAUGCUCGCAAUGCUGGGUAACUACCCCUGGUACACACGAAUCGACCUGCGCGGCUCAAAGACAUUCCUGAAUAAGGUCCGCCGAAUGAUUCCAGGCGGCUCAGCGGAAGGGAAGCUCCAGAAUGCCGUGGACUGCGGCGCGGGGGUUGGACGCGUUACAGAGGGGUUCCUGAGCCACGUGUGCGAAGUCGUCGAUGCCGUGGAGCCCGUUGAGAAGUUUACGGCUGUGUUGGCUGCGAGUCCGCUGAAGAGCUCGGGGGCUGUAGGGAAGAUUUAUGUGAUGGGGAUUGAGGACUGGGUUCCGGAGAAGGAAUAUGAUUUGAUCUGGACGCAGUUCUGUGUUGGGCAUGUUACGGAUGCGCAAUUGGGGGUUUAUCUACAGCGGUGCCGCGAUGCGCUGAAGGAGACGGGGGUGAUUGUCUUCAAGGAGAAUAUCUCAACGGAUCCGAAUGGGAGGGAUAUGUAUGAUGAAGAGGACAGCAGUGUGACGAGGACGGAUGAGAAGUUCAGAGCGCUAUUCAAGGAGGCCGGUCUGAAUGUGAUUGCGUCCGAGUUACAACUGGGGUUUCCGAAGAACUUCAAAUUGCUUCCCGUGAGAUUCUAUGCUUUGCGGCCUAAAAGCUGA